GUUGCUUUACCUUGCCCAAUCCAAACGCGCCGUCUUGGAAGCGCCGAACCGAAAGUAACGUCAGUGCGCCUUCGGACGCGGUGAUGAGCGACUGCCGGUUGUUUGCAUGACACUUAUCCCACGUGCUUGUCAACUGUCAGCCGUGACAAUGUUAUUAACUGUUAAACGUGACAACAUUGUUUAUGUUCUUUUGUUAAUUAUUACCGCCAAUUCCGUACGGAUUUUAGCACAAGAGUGUAUGUGCUGUUCACAAGCUACAGGAUACUGCAAGACAAUCUGCGAAAAGAUAUCAUUGGUAGAAAUAGCAUCGGAUGCCAACGUAAAAAACAACACAUUGCAAGAGAUACAGACGUACUGCUCGUCACAACUGAACUCAUUUUGGGAAUGCCUAAACGCCACUUUUAAAGAAAUUGCACGUGGGGAAUCGUGGUCGGGUCGUGUAUGCUGCACGUUACCAUUAAGCGAGACGUGCAAGAGGUCGUGUGUGACGGCCACGUCCGAGUACGAUCUAUAUCAGGGAUGCCGUCAGAGUGACGAGAUUGACUUCUUCAGUUGCAUUGACAAGCAGAAUCAGGGGGAAAGCUGUUGCUCGCACGCCAGGACGAACGAUUGUCGAUACGCGUGCAGGGAAAUUUUUAAAAAUCACCUCACCCCCUCCAAGAUACAAAGGAACCAAGUUAUCACACAGUGCGAGUAUUCUAGUCCAAAAGUUCUAAAUUGCAUAAAAAAUUUUACCAAGGUGACGCCAGCAACGAAUCUGCACAAACAAAUCCACUGUUGCGACAAAUCCAACAAAAGCAAAUGCCGAGAAGCCUGCAAAAAUGCGCUCCUGACCACAGUGACCCACCAAGAGGCGAUCGAUAUGUUGGAACUGGGUGGUUGUGGCCUUCCAUUACUGCAGGAUCAAUUUUGGCAAUGCUUCUUCAAAUCGGACGACACGGUAGCUACAUCGGUCGAAGUGUCGCGGAUAGAAAAAGUAGGAAUGGAUUCGGCAAAAUGGCACUGUUGCCAGAAGGCGACAACAACCCACUGUAAAAGAUUGUGUUCGAAAACGUUUAGAAAGGAUUGGUCGACGUCUUGGGAACAAUUUCAUCUGAAAUGUUUGAGCCAAGUGACCGAAGAGUCGCUGCGCAACUGCAUUGAUGAAGUCGAGGAACCGUGCGAAUUGGGAUGCGAUGGCCUCAGCUUUUGCACGAACUUCAAUAAUCGGCCGACAGAGCUGUUUCGUUCGUGCACCCCCCAAGCGGACGAAGCGGCUAGGAAUGACGUCACGAUAUGGAAUAGCCAAAACGACUUGAGCUUACCGGGACUUAAUUUACCGCUCAAAAAUAUUUCGGAAUGUUCGCCCAACACGUGGAAGACUGUCGCGUGUACUCUCCACAUCAAACCGUGCUCUAGACAUUCACACGCGAAUCAGAUCUGUCGCGAUAUUUGUCUAGAUAUUAUUUCGCUUUGCAUCGACUGGACGACCGUACCUUUGGAGCACACGCCCGAGUCGAUUUGCGAUAAGCUGUCGCCAGAACACCCGGACGUCUCCUGCAUAUCCCUGCAGAAUUAUUUGCGACCCGCUGAUAAUGUGUACCAAACGCCGAGCGGGCAAGUUUCGUCGCCGUGCAAAGGGGAUCCGUGCGCUACCGAUCAGGUCUGCAUAGUCAACCGAAAUUGUGUGGGAAGCUCUUGUUCGCCAUACAAGUGCGUGCCCGGUUGCAAAUUGGGGGAGGUGUCCGAGUACAUGGUGCCAGACGGCACUUUCGUCAGAAUACCCAUGCCGAAUAAUCCGAAGGGAUGUCUCCAAAUUUGCAAGUGCAACAAGGGACGAAUAGAAUCGUGCCAACCCCUUCUUUGUGUCCCUCUAAAUCCGUGCGUGGUCGGCAAUGGAGAGUAUAAGGAGCACGGGUCCGUCUACACCAAGGAGUGCAACACCUGCACUUGCUACGCUGAAGAGAACAUCUGCACGAAAAAGCAGUGCCAAGCUAAUUCGGUUACUGGAAAUGAUUCCACAUUUACGACUUUGCCGUGCAAUUAUCCUCCACACUAUAUCCCAGUUUGUGGUAGAAAUGGAAAUACUUAUCCGUCGUCUAGUUUGGCAAAUAUUAACGUCAUACCGCUCGGUUUAAAUGAAGAGGCUACUUUAAUACUAGAGUUUUGAGCAUAAUGCGAAUUUGACUCUUUUCAAAUUAUUUUUUCAAGUCAUUUUUGAACGUAUUUUAAGUGAAUGAGAGAGGAUCGGCUCUUGUGGGCCUCUAUAUCUUUUCGUAUAUGUUCCUUGACUCCAGCUUUAGAAUUUGGAAUAUCCAGGUUUCAUGUGGUAUCUCCCUUGCGGGCCGUGGUAUCUGCGGACUCUGGGGUCUCCAAGGCGUUUUUUUCUAAAUAAAUGCCACGGUUACUCCUGCCGUAUACAGGUUUAUGGAUCUUAUUUAGUUGUGCAGUACAGGACCUAAUUGCAAUGAUUGCACCGUAUUUGUGGAUUGUUCGGUUUUUGAAGCGUUGACAUAAAUUCGUGGGUGUAAGGCAACCUAAUAAACCCGUUCCGGCGUGAUGAACCCUGUCAGUAGGGGCCGCCGGUUUCUCAAUUUUGAUACCCGUUACCGUACCUGUUACCAAAGGAAGAAUGUUGGUUAGGAUUUCUAAGGUCCACGUUAGUGUUGUGUUAUAAGCUGUAGUCAUUCGUAAGAGGAAUGACGCCCUUACCAUUACCUCUGAUUCGUAUAUGGUAGAUCUUAGUGCAUGUAAAUAUAUGUUAUGUGUUACGUAUUUAUGGACUCUGUCACUCCCUAGUCCGUAGCGGUAAUGCAUAGCUGGACUCAAAUAUAUUUAUUUAUUUGUUACUCAGUUGUAAACGU